UUACUCCUCACAAGCAUCAACACCACCUGAGAUUAGUGAAGGUUGUAUGCAUGUCAUCGGUAUAUUGAACAUCGAUCUUCAUUCAUAUUCAUUUACCGCGUUCUUUUACCUUGUACAUCUAUUUUCAUUUGCUUUUAUAUUUGCGGACUUCAUUCUAGACCGUUCCAGACUGUUUUAACUAACAACCAAUGGACUACGGCCAAUAUCCACCGGUGCCCCCAUCUUCCGAACAUUUUCAACCCAAUUAUUUCAGCCCUGGUGAUAUGCAGUUCAGUCAGUUCUCAUAUACAUCCGCACCUGGUGCUGCAUCAUCUCAAGACUAUCCUACGGCGUUCCCUGGCGAUUAUUUCACACCGGGGCCGGCGAACAAACAUGUCGAAGAUGUCGAAGAUUACGAGAAUGAACCUCCAUUGUUGGAAGAGCUGGGAAUCAAUUUCAGUCACAUUACAGGAAAGACGUUUGCCGUUCUCGCACCGUAUAAGGAAAGCUCCCAGGAGGUAUUGGAGGAUGCUGACUUAGCCGGUCCGUUGGUUUUUUGUCUAAUAUUCGGCUGUACACUACUGUUGGCGGGCAAAGUCCACUUCAACUACAUUUACGGUCUAGGCGUUUUUGGUUGUCUUGGAAUCUAUCUCCUUCUCACAAUGAUGACACCAAAUGGCGUCACUCCAACGCGUGUGGCUUCCACUUUGGGCUAUUGCUUGUUGCCCAUGUGUCUGCUAUCCUCCCUUGGUAUCCUCAUGUCACUCACAAAUCUUCUGGGAAUUGUGGCCACCGUGGCAGUAGUCCUAUGGUGUGCUAUAUCAGCAAGCAAACUGUUCGUGCGUGCACUCGAUAUGCAGCAUCAACGUAUCUUGAUUGCCUACCCCUGUGCUCUUGUUUAUAGUGUUUUCGCCCUUUUGCGGGUGAAUUUAGAACCCUUCUCGGGUGUGACGUAUCCGAAACCCACUGGGUAUUCGAUCGGCGGUUGGGAGGUAAAAACUAGCCAUUUGCCGUGA